CUUCCAUGCAUUCUGCACUAUCGUAAACAAAUAAAUUCUCAAACUUAUCUACUGGAUCAAGAGCAGAACCUCUUAUUACUUUGUUAUAGUGUCACAUUUAUGCAUUCGACGUUCAUUAUUUCAUAUUAAAAUUAUGCAUUCUGUUAUUAUAUUAUACUUGUAAUUAUUCUUGAUUAGAAGGGCCUGGUUUUUAAUUGGUAUUUGAAUAGUUUUGAGAGCAUCUAAAUUGAUCAUAUUAAUUCGUCAUAGGCGAGAAUAAUGCGUAUUUUCUUUUCUAGUAAUUUGAUACGAACUUAUAUCAGUUAGAUAGAAAAUUGAUGAAAGUUUAUAACUAUUGAGUAAUAAAUAUGUGUUCCAGUUGGCUUUUUGUGCGAUGGCGGAUGUGGAUUCGCCCGGUAGUUAUGAUUGUAUAUGGAUUAAUAAUUUUAAUUGUGCUUCCAUUAUGCACUGUAAAAUUCCAGCAGAACGGGACAUCACCUCAUAUGCAAGCAUGGUUUACUGGUGGUGUUUUUGUACUCAUGGCUCUCCCGAUAACAUUUUGGGAGAUAACUCAACAUUUAGUUCAUUAUAAUAAACCAUACUUGCAAAGAUACAUUAUUAGAAUACUAUGGAUGGUACCAAUAUAUGCUCUUAAUGCUUGGCUUGCCUUAAGUUUCCCAAAGACUGGCAUUUAUUUGGACACAUGUCGAGAAUGCUAUGAAGCAUAUGUGAUAUAUAAUUUUAUGGUGUUUCUAUUAAAUUUUCUUCAUUAUGAAAUGGACUUAUCUUCUUCAUUAGAAUGUAGACAACCAGUAAAAUAUAUUUUCCCUUUAUGUUGCUUUCCUCCUUGCCCAGGUGGGAAGUAUUUUAUACAAGCUUGUAAACAUGGUAUUCUACAAUAUACUAUCAUUCGCCCUUUGACUACUUUAGUGUCUUUACUAACUGAAAUUUUUGGAGUAUAUGGUGAAGGGAAAUUUUCUGGAAAAUAUGCAUAUCCUUAUGUGGUCGCUAUAAAUAAUGCAUCACAAUUUGUAGCUAUGUAUGCACUUGUACUUUUCUAUCAAGCUAAUAAAAAUGAACUUGCUCCAAUGAAGCCAAUAGCUAAAUUUUUAUGCAUAAAGGCUGUAGUAUUUUUCUCAUUUUUCCAGUCUGUAAUUAUUGCUGUUUUGACAUAUAUUGGUAUUAUCACUGAAUCUUUCACUUCUCCUGGUGGAGAUAUAGCAGAAGUUGGCAGAAGCUUACAGAACUUUUUGAUUUGUAUAGAAAUGUUCAUAGCCUCUGUUGCCCAUUAUUUUGCUUUUUCUCACACACCAUACAUCGACAUGGCAGCACAGCAAGUACCAUGUUGUUUAUCUUUUAUGAGCAUGUGGGAUGUUUCGGAUGUCACUCAAGAUGUUACAGAUCAUAUUCGUCAUGUUGGGAAAAAAGUAAAAAUGUCGGUGUCUGGACGGCAUUUAGCUGGUUAUGAAGAAGAGAAGCAACUCCUUGUUCCAAAUCAAGAAAUGGACUAUCCAUCAAAUGCUCCUAUAAACUAUGAUAGCAUAGGCAGUAAUAGCAGUGCUACUGUUGUCAAAUCUCCAGCAAACCAAAAUGCAUUUUAUGAAGUACCUGAAGAUCUGAGUCAUGAAAUCGAAACUUAAUUAUUUAUAUGUAAUUUGAAUUGUAUCAUAAUCUUAGGUAAUGGUUGAUGUUAAUUUUUUAUUUUUGAUGCAGAAUUUAAAUAUAAAUAUUUUUAAAUAUAAUGUUUGCUUUCUAGUCUAAGUUCAAAAUAAUCCAUUAAUUGUAAAUUUUUGCAGCAUAGAACCAAAACAAAAAA